CCCUCCCGACACCUCCCCAUUUAACAUGUCUUCGCAACGUAGGGUCGAUUUCUGUGUCGAUUUUGCUGCUGCUGCUGCUGUUGUUGAAUAGCCGAUGUGCGUCGUGCUGUGUGCUGUGCGGUACUCGUUCAGGCUGACUCAGUUCCGGGGCGGUCCAGGAGCUACUAAGUUUUGAGGCGAGAAGUUGAAAGAACAAGGUGUUUUUGAGAGAGGGAGUUUCAAAGGAAGGCAACUUGCGACAAGGAGGAGUUAGUGACGAGCAUGAAACAAGAGACCACGGAUUAGGGGCGCUUGCGAUCAUCGGCUGAGACCAUGAAUGUUUUCAAUAGUUUGAACCCUUUGCACCGGGAGGGAGGUGUGCCUGUCAGCGGAGGCGGUCAAAGUGAAGAUAAAAAGGUUAGCUAUGGCUUUUCAAGUUUGCGUGGAAAGAGAGCCUCAAUGGAGGAUUUCCUUGAUGCCCAGAUAUCACAGGUUGACGGUGUGACGGUUGGAUUAUUCGGCGUUUUUGAUGGUCACGGUGGCUCCCGGGCAGCUGAUUAUGUGAAGCAGAAUCUUUUCAAGAAUUUGCGAAAUCACCCUGCAUUUGUGACCGACACUAGGCUCGCCAUUGCUGAGACGUACAAUAUGACGGAUCAAGAGUAUCUCAAAGCAGAUCACAAUCAACAUAGGGAUGCAGGGUCAACUGCCUCCACGGCCGUUUUGGUGGGCGAUCGUUUACUUGUUGCCAAUGUUGGUGAUUCCAGAGCGGUGCUUUGUACUGGAGGGAAAGCCCUUCCACUUUCCACUGACCACAAGCCCAAUCGACAUGAUGAACGGGAACGAAUUGAGAAAUCUGGUGGAGUAGUCAUGUGGUCUGGCACUUGGCGUGUGGGUGGUGUUCUUGCUGUCUCUCGGGCAUUUGGGGACCGCCUUCUGAAAAAAUAUGUAGUCGCUGAGCCAGAAAUUCAGGAAAAAUUAGUAACCAAGGAAGUCGAGUUUUUAUUGCUCGCCAGUGAUGGCCUGUGGGAUGUUGUAUCAAACCAGGAUGCUGUGGCCAUGGUGAAGGAUAUUCAGAAUGCUGAAGAGGCUGCGAAGAGGUUGACGGAAGAAGCCUACGAAAAGGGUAGCGCCGAUAAUAUUACUUGUGUCGUAAUUCGCUUUCAUCACGAUUCUUAGAUUGAUACGGGGCGCUCGUCAACGUGACUAUAUCACCUUUAGCAUUGAUGAUCAAAUCAAGUCACGGCCCCGCAAAUUCGUAUGGAUGGACAGCGAGGCUUCAAUAUUGUUCUGACCAAGCUUAUGAGUAACGGGCUUUGUAUAAAUGAAGGGAGCUCCAUCAAUUCGCUCAGGUUAUGCUCAAGUUGGUUAUUGGAUGAAGGUUCACAUGAUGCCAGCAGUGCAACAUCCUGUAACUAAAAAUGCUUAGUCAGUGCUCUAUUACCCUAUGGUCGGGAACUCUGUUAGGACUAUUAGGGGUGCUUUUCUCAGGUCUUUUCUUCCAGGUUUUUCUUAGAACAGAUUCAUUUCUUACCUCCGAUUUUUUUUCCUUCUCGGCGUGGCUGUUAUAUUUUAUACACACAGCCAAUGUUUGUGAUUUCUUGUCUUUAUGGGAAAUAUUUUGUUAUUGUUUUCUUCC